UAGUAAUUAAUCAUUGAAUCCUUAAUUCAUUUAAGUGAACGUAAAUUAUUACAGCAAGUAAAAAUAUUCUGUAUCUGUUUAUUGCAAUGUAUGAAGUUGUUGCCGAGUGUCUGUUUUGCUCCAAAUUAAUUACUGGUACUUCCAAUGGCUCGAUUGAGUAUGGUACAUUUAUCGAACACAUUCGUUCUCAACACAAAAAUAUCAAGAUAUCCGACGAAGUUCCACCAACGUUCAAAGCUAUUUGGAAUUAUAUAGACUCAGCCGAAGGAAUCAAUUGUCUAUGCAUCAAAUGUGGCUAUAAAGGUAGACCAAAAGUAAAGUCCAGUAGAAAUAUUUCAGCAAAAAAUUUGGGUGAGUUUGGAACAUGUUUUCCAUUAUGUUUUAUGGUAUAUAUAAAACAUCUGAAACGUCACCAUGUUAAGGUCAUAUGCACAUGUUGCAACACCGUCAUUAGAAAAAUUAAUGAAAAAUAAAUAUGGAUUAUUUAUUCAAUAAGAACAA